AUGCUCUCAUAAUCUUCAGGAUAAAACAGAAUAAAGUCUUCCAUCUUGGAUGGAAUGGACCUCGAAAUAAUUUCUAAUGAUGAAAAUAAUAAUGAUGAUACUAAUUCAAAUACAGUUGGAGAUGCUUGGCUCAGGGAUUUGACUUUACCCAGCAAAAAUGCUGAUAGAGGCACUCAUUCAGUCUCGUCACUCUCCUAGAAUACUUUUCCCUCAAGUGAAAUGGAUAGACUGCAGAAUAGAGCGACAGUUUAGGAUGACGGAUAGCGUCAUAUUAUGACUCUGGAUGAUUUGGCUUUUGAGGACGUUGAAAUUAGAGACCAAAAUACUCUGGAGGAGUAGAAUCAAAGGAGGAUUUCAAAUCAAGAGACUGAGAAAUUACUUCAACUUAGCAGGCAUGUCAAUAAUUUAGUUCAAUAGGUGUCUUAUCAGGGUGCAGAGGUAUAAUCCAAAGACACAAAUCCCACUCCUCCCAGCAAGACAUAGCCUGAUACCUCUGAGAGUAAGCAGACUAAAUACUUGAGCCUAAUGGAUUAUUUGAAUUAGGAAUAUGUCCAAAAUGUUAUGAUUCUGGUUUUUAUUCUAACAUUCGUCCUGAUAUCUAAGACUGUAAUUUCAACAUGCCCGUGUGUGAAUUUAGUCAAGGAUAGUCCACUUAAGGAUGCUGUAUAUGUACUAUUCAGAGAAGUGGUAAUUGUACUGACUGGUGCAUUAGUUUUGGAAGGACUAAACUACUAUCAAUUGGUAAGACUCUCUCAGGAUUACACAAUCGGCCUGAGCUAUUGUAUUCUUAUGACUCUUGCUAUUUGGACUGUUUUAGGCUUAGUUCUUAUUAUUGCUGCUUAGAAGUAAGUGGAAAAGUGGGUGGAGUAUGAGAAAAUUACCUCAGAUUACGCCCAGCUAGAAAAGAUAAAGAAAACUUAUGAGGCCAUUUACUAUAGAGACUAAUACUUAGAGGGUGGGCCUAGAUUUGAACUAGGAUUUAUAGAUAAAAUUAAGUAUUUCAUAAUGAGAUUGGAGUUUAUACACCCAAUAUUUCUGCCACCUUUGAGUGAGUCAUUUUUAAGAAAAGACUUUAAUUUUGCUUAAUACUUGGCUCAUUCCUAUGGGAAAACACUGAAGUCAUUUUUCAACACCAGUUGGGUGUCACUUUUCUUUAUUUUGAUAUUUGUGGAUGCCUCUAAGUUAGUUUACGGGCAUAAUGCUUAGAACAGAACUGAGGGACCGAGUGGACUGCAUCUAUUAAACUUUUUACCCCCUAUAUUUUUCCUAUUGGCUUUUCUCGCUUAUUACUUCCAUUUUAGAGCUAUUGAAAGAUUCCUUUAUCCUCACAUAAAGCAAACAAACGGUAAAUAUCUGAAGCCAGAGGAGAUGAACUUUCAUGAUAAUUAUGAGGUAGUAGAUCCAUUUGUGUUAUAUGAUAAUAUCCCUUAACCAGAAUAUCUCGAAAUGGAUAGUGAUGAUCAGGCCAUCAGAGACUAUGAAGAGAAUGGAGCAAGCAGUCCUGAAAGAAGAUAUACUGCCAAAGGAUUCGGAGCUCCUGCCUAUGAUUAGGAUGAAGAGAGUAGUAUGAUGCAAAGAGAUAGUGGAUCAAGAAGAUCUGAGGAUUCAGUUAUUAGGAUGAAUUUCAUUAAUCAAUGGGAUAAGGAUGAUAAGAAAAACAGAUCUUAAUGCUUUGGGAUAUAUGCAAAAGAUUCUAGUAGAAACACUAUUAUAAGCAUGAUAAUUGCUCUCAUCAUAUCACCAAUAAUUAUGUUCCUCAUUUGGAUUCUUACCAUACCUCAACUUCUGUCUAAAUUUACCCUAAUCACAAAUAUUGAGAUGAUGAAGGACAGAGAGCUGAUUGAAAAAGUAAUCUAAGAAUAAAAGCUGGAGAGAGCAAAGAGGUCCUACAGAAUUUUUCAAGUACUCAAGCUUAUUAGAAGAGAGAUGGCUCUAGAACUAAAACAGCAUAUCAAAGACAAAAGACUAAGAGGGUUCACUAAGAAGUAGAUCAUAGAGCAAUAUGAGUUACUUGAUGCAUCUAAGUCAAAGUCAAUCAAAGGUAGUGCGAUCAAGACCUUAAUUAGACUUUGUGGGUAAGAACUCAAUCCACAUGAACAAGCCAUUAUGCUUAAAAAAUCUAAGUCUAAAGGAGAUAAUCUGAAGUACAAGGACUUCAGCUUAGCAGUGGAGCUAGUGAUCAAUGAUGUGAAGGUGGACCCUUAUUAUCUAGUGUGCAAUUUAUUCUAGCUAUUCUUCCGAGGUGAUGAAAAGGUUGAAUAUAGUCAGUUUAUAACAUUCUUUGGGGAAUUCGUGACAUACUUCCAGUAAGAGGACAUCGAUGGCUUCCUGAGAGAAGUGCAAUACAUUAAGCGUGGUAGUGAAGAGGUAUAUUUCCAAGAAAUUGCUAGUAUGAUAAGAGAUGAUGUAGAGCUUUUCCCCAAAUGA